AUGAGACAACCUCUAACAAAGAAAUCCUUUAAUAUUUCUGAUUCUUCAUAUUACAUCUCGUUGGCUUGCAUCAUCACUUUUGAAAUCUACUCUCUUUAUCGAUUUUCAAUCAUAUGUAAAUCAAAUGAUAUAGAGGGUACUGAAAAAGGUACAAGAAUACAAUAAUUAUAGGUUUCUUUGGUAUAAUGAGAGACCAUUCAGAUCCUUAAUGGGGUGAAUUUGCAGGACAUUUGACUGAAUUAAUGAUUUUUCAAUUCAUUUUUUUAUUAGGGUCCUACACUGUUAAAUAUAAUACUAAAUUAGAAAAUAGGUAGAGAAACCUAUAGUAUUAUAAUAUGAUCCUUGGAUUGGGAUAUGCAUUUUAUUUACACAAUAUUGGAAUGAUAUUUUAGAUGAUGAUCAUCAUCUCUUUUUAUCUUUUCCAAAAAGUAAUUUAUUUUUUUUUUAUAAUAGAUUUGUUACAAAAUGAAAUAUUUCAUCCCAACAUUAUGGAUAUUGGCCAUAUUAACAUUAUGGUCAAAUGAAACCUUUAAAGGAUAUUAAUUCAAUAUGAUUUCUCCAUCUUUAGCAUUCUUAGAUGGUUUUAGAAGUAACAAUCAAUUAGUAAGUUGGAAUCUUGUUUUUAAUAUGAUUUUAUUAAGAAUAAUCAGUUUCUCUAUUGAUAAGGUUUGGGCAUCUUAACUUUCAAAAUAUAGUGAUUAGAAUUAUAAUGAAAGUUCUAAUAUAGUCAAGACUUAUCGUGAUAGAGUAGAAGAGUCCUAACCAUUAAAAGAAUAUAACUUUAUUGGAUAUUUAAGUUUUAUUUUUUAUGUGCCUCUUCUCUUUUCAGGACCAUCCAUGGGUUAUAAUGCCUUUAAUUCUUAAUUAAAAAUCCCUUAAUAAAGUUAUAAUAGAGCUUAAGUAUUAAAAUACAUUUUGAGAGUGUAUAUAUUGGAUUUGUUAACUUUUGAAGUAUUUUUGCAUGUAUGUUAUCCAAAUGCAAUUCCAAAAUUAGCCUAAAAUUUUCAUAUCCUUGAGAAUUUUAGUGCAUAUGAGUUUCACAUAAUGUGUGUGAUGAACUUAAUCUUUUUAUGGUAUAAAUUUCUUACUAUAUGGAGAAUUGCUAGAGGAUGGGCAUUAUUAGAUGGUAAUAUAAUGUAUUAUGUUAGGUAUUGAAACACCAGAAAAUAUGAAUAGAUGUUUAUAUAACAGUUACAAUUUUAGUGGAUUUUGGAGAUCUUGGCAUAGAAGUUUUAAUUAAUGGUUAAUAAGAUAUAUAUAUGUACCAUUGGGAGGUACAAAAUAUAAAUCUUUGAAUAUGUGGGUUGUAUUUUCUUUUGUAGCUUUAUGGCAUGAUUUUAAAUUAGAUCUUCUAUUAUGGGCUUGGAUAAUCUGUUUAGCUUUAAUUCCAGAAAUUGCUUUACAAAAAUACUUUGAUAAAGAAUUUUUCUAUAAAAAGUGGUGGUUUGUUUAUUUAUGUUAAUUGGGAGGAGGAUUCUAAAUACAAAUGAUGUGUUUAGCUAAUUUGAUUGGAUUUGGAAAUGGAUACGAAGGAAUGACAGUUGUUUUCUAUAAAUUUAUGAGUUUGGAAGGAUUACUUUGUUUUCUAUUCUAUUGGAUAGUUAGAAAUGGAUGGAUUACUACUAUUCAAUUUAGAAUAAGAGAUGAUGAGAAUGCUGAAUCAAAUGACAAGCGAUUUUGAUAUCCA